AUGACAACAACAAACAUAUUUCUAGAGAUAUUUAGAAACAAGGUGAUUCGAAAUCGAAUCUUUAACGAUAUAUCUUGGUUGACUAGUAGGUUGGGAGAGACAUCUGAACCAUUCGAAGCGGUACCUAAAUAUGCAAAGGGACGAGACUUGAUACUCGAGUCAUUAGACACCAAGAAAGAAGAGCGGUUGGCAAUGGUCGGAGAGUAUGCGUUGCCUUGGGACUUUAUCAAGCACUAUCUACCAGAUGCAAAGAGUGUAUACUAUCUCUACAGACUCAAAUCGAUCAAUCGAUACUGUCUGCACAGAAACGCCACUCUCCACACACUCAAACAUUUGGUCGAAUGGUCACGUGACUGUUUUCUACCCAAGGAUUGGAUGCUAGACGAAGUUGCACGAAAUGGGAACCUAGAUAUUAUACAAUACAUUAUUAAAGAGUUCCCAGAGGACGUUCAACUCACCGCAAAGGCAAUUGACAAUGCUAGUGGUGCAGGCCACUUGCACAUAGUUGAUUGGCUACAUGUAAAUAGAUCGGAAGGGUGUACAAGUCAAGCCAUGGCAUUGGCCGCCAAGUACGGCAGAUUAGAAAUAAUAGAAUGGUUACAUAAAAAUAGAACUGAAGGUUGUACUGUGGAUGCAAUGGAUUGGGCUGCAGAAGGAGGACAUCUUUCUAUAGUAUCAUACCUUCAUAAUAAUAGAAGUGAAGGGUGCACAAAAUGGGCGAUGGAUAAAGCCGCGGAAUUUGGUAGAAUGGAUGUAUUACAAUGGUUACAUAAUAAUAGAAGCGAGGGGUGUACAACUGAUGCGAUGGACUGGUCAAGUGAAAAAGGAAGACUGGCAAUCGUGUCGUGGCUACACCAUAAUCGGAGAGAAGGGUGCACAACUGAAGCUAUGGACAUGGCGGCGAUGAAUGGCCACAUCUCGGUUGUAUCCUUUCUUCAUCAGAAUCGUACAGAGGGGUGCACUUCUCGAGCCAUGGACUGCGCCGCUAUGAAUGGCCACAUCUCGGUCGUAUCCUUUCUCUACCAACAUCGUACUGAAGGGUGUUCAAGCUUUGCCAUCAAUGUCGCUAGAUCUAAUGGAUAUUUAGAUGUUGUAUCUUUUCUUCAACACGCUUAUCCUCCAGAAGAUCAAGAUGGAAACGAUAAUAAUAAUGAAAAUAAUAAUAACGAUAAUAAUAAUAUUGAUCAAUCCACCUUGAUUGAUCCCUCAUCCUCAUCUUCUUUCACUUUACAAAAUAAUACAUUUACAAAUACCAAUUUUAAUUUCAACGCAGUAAAAGGUUUCUAUGAAAGUGGAAGUGGAAGUGGAGCAAAUUUAUCUUGUUUGAUGAAUCCUCCAUCUACAGUUUAUAUAUUGGAGAUGUCAAAGAAUGAUGAUGAUGAUGAGGCACAGGGGCUGUGGGAUGACACUGCAAGUUACUAA